GCGCGGUGGGGGCGGCCGAGGGACGCACGGGGGUGUCUCCGGCACUUUGCCGAUAUAGUAAAACCCCGAGUGCCGCAGUGGUGGUACGUGUGCGUCGACCCUGCCUGCGUCCGGCUGCCCUGCUCGUUGCUGCACCUGAUCAUGAGAGAACGCAGGUGGCGCGGUGACGACCAGGGUUGCAGCUAGGGGACCAUGUGGGUAGGGGUCCCCGAGGGGGGCGGGUCAGGUCGGGCAGGGGGGUGGCUGUUGCUGCUGCUACUCCUGCUGCUGCUCGCCUCCAGGGCCGACUCGGAGAAGAACAAAUUCUACCAUAUGCAGACGCUGUGCAAAAAUCACUUCCUCCAGCAGCAAUACCGCAAGACGGACGGCGCGGUGUUGCGCUCGCAGAAUGAGCCCAACCUCGAGUGCGUGCUCACCUUCCAGACGCACACCAUCCUCCAGCGAUUCAUGCUCCGCUUCGACUUGCUGCAGUUGGACUGCAACGACCACCUCUACAUCUACGACGGCGCCCACGCCGUCGGCAGCUACAAGUCGGACCUCUCGUGCCGAAACACCAAGCAGUCCGUGGGAGCUGUGUUCACGCGUACGAAUUUCGUGACCCUCAAGUACGUGACAGACGCAUGGGGUACGGAGAAUAACGGCUUCAAGCUCAUCAUUACCGCCAUCAAAGACCCAAAACAUGCUUGCAAGGACUUCACAUGCAAGGUGCAAGAAUUCUGCAUAUCUCCCGACUUGCUGUGUGACGACGUCAACCACUGCGGAGACAACUCAGACGAAGCUGGCAGUGACAAAUGUCCACCCGGCCACGAGAUGGGCACCAUCCUCGGCCUCGGCAUGCCCAUCUUCCUCGUGCUCACCGUCGGCCUCAUCCUCAUCGUGUGCAUCUCCUGUGUCGGCUGCAUCUUCUGCGUGUGCCGCCGCCUCAGGGGCAGCAACCGCCGGCCGCAGGCACAACAGGCCAACUCGGACUAUCCAUUGACGCAGACGCACGGGUCGAACGGGGCAGGCGGCGCCUACAGCAACACCACCCUGGCGGCGCAAUAUUCGGGCGUUUCGGCCACCCUUCCGCGUUCUCAGCAACAGAUGGGCUCCAACUACUACGCGACGGCGGCCACCAUGGCGAGGCCGCUUCACCACCACCAGGAGGGACCGCGAGUUUCAUUCCUGCCGUCGGGAAACCUGCCUCUCCCUGUGGCCCACGGGUACAACAACAGCAGCGAAUCUUGGGACAACCCCACCACCUGCCCGGACGCGUCAGAGCGGCCGGAUCAGACGGAGAACUGCCAUCCAACCAAAAGGAUGAAUGGUUCGUCUAGAAGAAGGCGAGGUUGAAUCGAGAUUCCAAGGCCCACAGGGAGAAGAAAUGCAAGUCCAUGUUGGUUCCGACAGUACCCCGAAUCAGCAUGGCAAUCUGAUUUAUCAUCGUUUUGUAUCUACGCCACACACACACAUAUUCAACUGUCAUCAUUUUUAAAGUGGAGUUUUUACUGCGAAUCGACAACAUUGCCGAUCAAAAUAUUCAGUAUAAUUAUAGUUUACGGAUAAUGUCUUAGCACGAAAUACUGUUUCAUCCGAUGUUGGAUAUAGAUACAUAUAUUUGUGGUUUGUGUUUAGUCAUCUGGCGCACUCCUGUACUUUCGAAAAGCAUGUUUUAACGCGUAGAAACAGUUCCAAUCUCAGGACUGCACUCACAUACAUAUGGUACACACACACACACAUUUCAAUGAAAUAUCAGCAGACGGUACAGGAAUGAAUGGAAAGAAAAUGUUUCAUAUCAGAACCGAAAUAUCAAGGCCGGAACAAAUAAUAUCAUUUUUGAUAAAGCCGUUUAUAUACAUUAAAUCGAUUAUAUUUUACUCUGGCAGACAAAUAAUACGAAAGUGAGUGCGCGCGGCGUUUAAUUGUGUGUAAAUUAUGCUAUCACUGGACACAAAAGAAAUUGAAAUACUACAACUGUGUGAUGUUUGUAUUAACUAAAAAAAAUCACUACCUGUCGAGAGGACGAUUUUGCAUUCGUGUGUUGGAUAUAAUAACAAAUUUAGCCGACGACACGCUAACUUUUUAGAACGGCGGAAAUUCGAGCAAACGCGAAUAAAUUUUCAAGGGACUAAAAGGGGUACGGAGGAAUUGAUUAAAAUCGAGAAAAGUGCCUGUUGAAGGGUCUGAUUGUGCAGCAGCGCGGAGAAAAAAUAAUAAUUGUGUCGAUGUGCAUUUGUUAAUUAAUUCGAGAGAGGGCUAAUCUCUCGAAGCGCAUGAAUUUCCGAUUCGGUCGAUUAACUGUAUAGUGUGUCAUUGCUAAUCCAAAUCCAUGCAGAUGCGUGCGUGUUAUUUGGUUUCGUUUGUUGUCUGUUACGAAAGAAAGAAAGGGAAUCAAUAAAAAGCGCGCGAGAGAAAGGUAAAAGAAAAAAAAAACAACGCUGACAAUACUUUUAACGUGCAGAAUAUAAUUAUCAUUACGAUUUAACUCGAGUAUGCGGCAUGUAUCGCGUUGCGCAAUAAACAAAAACACGCUCUCUCGUUAAAAUGUUAACAAAAUGACUACGAAGCAGCCAUUUUUCAACUCCAACUGAAGAACUCGAGUGUUCAUAAUGAAAUUACUUAAUCGAAACAGAUAGAGUUACUCUCUUGCUACCGUUCUCUCUAUCUCUCACUCUCGUUCCAUAUACGAUUGAUUAUAUAGUUUUCCCGAGGCCAGAUGAAUAGACCACGACGUGUUGUUACCAUGCAUUCUUCCUCUGGACUAAACGUAAAAUAAUAAUAAAACUUUCUGUUCCUAUACAACACACAAACACAUUUGAUGUAACGUUGGAAUAUCGUAGACACACUGAACACAAACUUUUCUAUACGCAUAUUUAUCGGUUGUACGUGCUGAGAGACACAAUGGUUUCGAGGCGAUAAAUUUAGACGAAAGAAACAAAAUACAGACACGUUUAGACACGGUGGAAAAUUACGAGAAGACGAGAAUACCCUGGAUAGAAAACUUAUUAAAGAGCUAGGAAUAUGUUAUAACAAGAAUUAAACUAUAUAUUAUAAACUGUGGCAUUUGUAAUUUUCGUUCAGCGUAAAUAAUAACGACCUAUAGUGUUAGAGUUAGCUAACUCUAAUUGUAAGUGUGAGCGUGAAUGAGCGUGUGAGCACUCAACAACAAAAUCGUACUUAUAAAUAUAUGAACUAUGUAUAUGCGUAAAAGCUUAACAAUUAAAACGUAAUAUGUAUAUUGCGUAUGUGUGUGGAGCAUUUACCCGCAGAUCUAAACACACAAUAUUAUCGGCUAAGGACAAGUACGCAUACAUAUUAUGCAUCAUGUAAACCGAACGUGAAAAGUACUAUAACUACAAUAGGAUAUAAUUAUGGACUAAAACUAGGCUUUCAGUGUGACCGCGUGUGUGGUGGAUAUUUAACAAACAAACAAACAAACAAACAAAAAACCAAUCGAGAUGUAAAUGUAUGGGUUCAUUAGCGGAGAUAAGUGUUGUUGUAAAUAUACAAACGUGACAUUCACAGAUGAUAUUUCAUAUGAUUUUCUAUAAUACGACGAGAGACGUGGGCACAAGAACUUGUUAGUAGCUGAAUAUACGCCGCAAUAUUGUUCGAUUCUCAUUCUCCGCAAUAAUAAAUUGAUUUUCGACGGGAUCCGUCUGCGCUGCCGCUCAUUUUGCACCAAAUAUCAUCGCAUUUCGAAACUUAUCGGACGCCGCGGUGUCCAUUUUUGGGAAAAACGUAGCCCACUCUGGAUGCUAUAAAUAUCAAAUCUGCAUAUCUAAAUUAAUGCCGGCACACUUGCAGCGCCAAUAGGACGUGCCCGAAAUAAAUUUCGGUUUAUUCUGAAUUACGGCGGAAAAAGCGCAGCGCAACCCCUAACUCAUCCGCUGCCGGUGAAUAUUCAUAAGUCUCACUCAUGACUCGACAUGUAUAACAACACACUCUCACUCACUCACAUGCGAAUUCCGUGUAUGCAAACAAUGUGGCCAAGCAUCUGCGAAAAUUCACUCUAGCCUGUCCAUGUAUUGUGUGUCACGAUGAAUGAGUUUAAGUCAGAUAUUCGGCUAAACGGCUCGGCAGUACGCCGGCCGCUGGCCAGCAAAUUCGGAAUAUUCGGACUAGCACAAUAUGUCAUACUGAAUAUAUAUGCGAAUGGAAAAUAAAUCAUCUCUUUAGUAAAA